CGCACAUUUUGUCGAUUCUAGCAGGCACAUCUUCACGUAAAUACAGGAAUCUGAUCAAUACCCAGGGAUAGAUAUAUAUCGACAUAUAUUGGGACUCUUGUGACCUACAUAAUAAGGUGUUUUAAAUAGGCGCCUGUAGAUCGGUCUGUCAGAACCUGCCGCAGAAAGUAUCGAAUGUUUACAAACAGAUACUCAAAAACGUAAAGGGCUCGGGAAUUGUCUGGUCUCUUAUAAAUGGACGUCAUCAGUUUUAUAACUCCAAUAAAACUGUAGCUGGUUUGACCGGAUAACAACACAAAUACACCAACUUUGUUUGUGUUUUCCUAGACGCGAAUUUUCUUCAAGUGAAUAUGGGCACAGAGAAAACGGAAGUAAAGUACGGGAUACAGGUGUCCGAGCGGUCCCCCCGACACACGUGGGACAUAGUGGCGGCCUUUGACAUCGGGACCAGCUACUCGGGGUACGCCUACAGCGACAGAAAAGAAAUGGACCUCAAGUCUGUCUCCUUCAACCAAUGGACGGGGAAUAUGGUGUCGGACCCUAAGGCUAAAGCCCCAACGACUGUGCUGUUCGACAAAAACAUGAGAUUUCAUUCGUUUGGUUAUGAAGCAGAGGAUUUCUACGCUACUCAAGUCUGUGAGAAGAAAAACGACGAUUGGUAUAGAUUCAAAAAUUUUAAAAUGGUUUUAUACCGGGAAAAGAAUGUACACCGAGAUUUGAAAAUUUCGGAUGACUCUGGAAGAGCGUCCUUGCUUGCGUCAGAGGUGUUUUCUCAGACCAUCAAAUCCCUCAAAUCCCACUUUGAGAACACCGUCAGGGAGAGGGCGCUGCAGUUUGAUUCGGGCAAUGUUCUCUAUGUCGUCACAGUUCCCGCAAUUUGGAAACAGUCGGCAAAACUUUUAAUGAAGGAAGCUGCAAUGCAGGCCGGAAUUCCAGAGGCCCAGCUUCUGAUUGCUUUGGAACCGGAAGCUGCCGCAAUGUACUGUAAAUCACUUCCGGAACAAACAUUGACGGACACGUUCAAACCACACAAACGGUACAUGGUGCUGGAUCUGGGCGGUGGAACAGUCGAUGUUGUUGUGCAUGACGUGUUAGAAGAUGGCGGCCUGGCGGAAGUUUAUAAAGCGUCUGGAGGUGAUUGGGGCGGAACGAUGGUAGAUCGCGAGUUUGAAAGAUAUAUUCAAAAUAUAUUCAACAGCGAAACGUGUUUAAAAGAGCUAUGGAAUUUAUCUCCAAGGGACGCCUAUGAUUUAGAGAGGGAGUUCGAAAUGCAGAAAAGACAGAUCAGCAACAAGGCUGCCGACAUUCGUCUGAAGUUACCCGCGCGGUUACAACAGGUCGGGAAGGUGCCUGUGACGUCAUCAAUAACGUUCGACCAUAUAUACGUUCAGUAUCCUAAAUUUAAGGAAUUCUUUGAGAAUCCCAAAAACCGAAUUAUAUCGCUGAUAAAAGACAUUUUGAAUGAGGUGGGGCGAUUGGACCAAAUCAUCCUGGUCGGGGGGUUCUCCAGUUCUCGAUAUCUUUACGAUCAACUUAAGAGCCACAGUGACAUUUCCGGCAUCGAUAUUUGUUGCCCAAAAGAACCUGGUUUGGCCGUGCUUCAAGGAGCAGUGUUGUUUGGGUACAACCCAGAAGAUGUUCGGUACAGGAUCUGUCGGUAUACCUUCGGGUUCGGUGUUCUGCAAGACUUCGAUGAAUCCAUACAUCGGGCGGACAAGCGAGAUAAGGUUGAUGGUGAAGAUGUCUGCAAGGAUGUGUUUGAUGUUCUAGUAUACGAGGGAGAAAAAGUCAAAUUCGAUGAUCCAAAAUUUGCCACCUCCAAAAGCAGUCACAGACAAGCUGAUAGGAAGCUUAUUCCAAUAAGGAAGGAACUGUUUGCUGGGAAAAACAUCCCCCGAGAUAGAACUGUGUAUGUUACGGAGGAAGGCAUUAAGUCCUUAGGGAAAAUCAUAAGUCAUGCCCCUAAAGAAGGGUGGUCAAACCUUGUAGAAUUCAAAACUAAAGUUUACUUUGGACAAACUGAAAUUAAAAUAGAAGACUUUGAUAUUACUAACAAUGUGACUGUUAACGUUGAAAUUGAUUUUCUGUGAUACAGCAAACUUAUAAUAACUGUCAGGUUAUUGGAGUUCAAUUACUUCUUUUAAUACUCUUUGCUACAAAUACUGUACAAUUACUACUACCUCUAUUUGAGUUAUUACUUCCUCUUGGCAGCCAACCAUGUACAUACAGAGUUUGACAGUUAAGAAUUUACGUUGGAUAAAAUGAAAGGAAAGUCAAUUGAUACAGCAAAAAUUGGUAUUUAUAAGUUUAACUCGAUUUUGAAUAAUACUAAGUGAUGCAAUAUUUUGUGGUUUUACUUUGUUACUGUAG